CAGAUAAAAAAAAGAUAGGUAAAUGGCGCUAGUGUUGUGUAUACAUGAAUUCUAGUCAAGCGAAAAACUACCGAAUAUUUUCUCAUGAAGCCUGCCAGAAUGUCGGGUGUUACGCCGAAAAGGAAGGAGAUUUACAAAUAUGAAGCCCCAUGGACAUUAUAUAGUAUGAAUUGGGGAGUCAGACCGGACAAACGGUUCAGAUUGGCGGUGGGAAGUUUCGUCGAAGAAUACAAUAAUAAGGUUCAAAUCGUAGCUCUAAAUGAAGAGACUUCGGAAUUCGAAGCGAAGAGUACGUUUGAUCAUCCCUACCCGACGACUAAAAUCAUGUGGAUACCUGAUAAUAAGGGUGUGUUUCCGGAUCUCUUGGCAACCAGUGGAGAUUAUCUGCGAGUUUGGCGAGUCGGAGAUACAGAUACAAGAUUGGAAUGUCUUCUUAAUAAUAACAAAAACUCAGAUUUCUGCGCUCCUCUGACGUCGUUUGAUUGGAACGAGGUGGACCCUAAUCUGCUGGGGACGUCCAGCAUCGAUACGACGUGUACUAUCUGGGGAUUGGAGACGGGACAGAUCGUUGGGAGGGUUAACAUGGUGACAGGCCACGUCAAAACACAACUCAUCGCUCACGAUAAAGAGGUUUACGACAUCGCAUUCAGCCGAGCGGGAGGCGGUCGCGACAUGUUUGCGUCCGUGGGCGCGGACGGUUCCGUGAGGAUGUUCGAUCUCAGGCAUCUAGAGCACUCGACGAUCAUCUAUGAAGACCCUCAGCAUCAUCCGCUCUUGAGAUUAGCCUGGAAUAAACAGGAUCCGAACUACUUAGCUACCAUGGCGAUGGAUUCAUUUGAGGUUAUUAUUUUGGAUGUCAGGGUUCCGUGCACACCGGUCGCCAGACUCAACAACCAUCGAGCAUGUGUGAACGGCAUCGCCUGGGCUCCACACUCUUCUUGCCACAUAUGUACAGCUGCCGAUGACCAUCAAGCGUUGAUUUGGGACAUACAACAGAUGCCUCGGGCCAUUGAAGACCCUAUCCUAGCAUACACUGCAGAGGGAGAGAUCAAUCAGAUACAAUGGGCUUCGACACAGCCAGACUGGAUCGCCAUCUGCUAUAAUAACUGUCUGGAGAUUCUUAGGGUAUAGGUGGAGGCAAGGUAGGGGUAGAGCUGACAGAUGGACUGACUGACUGACGGACGGACGGACAGGCAGGAUCCUGUCCUAGCUUUCAAGCUGAUACCAGGGGGAAAAAAAUCAUGGGGGGGGGGGGGCUCGGGGCGAUAUCGCCCUGGAAAAUGCUCAAAAGUGUCCUGGCUUCUACACACCCAGACUGGAUUUCUAUCUGCUAUAACUGUCCGGAGAUUCUUGGACCUAUAUUCUCAAGUCGAAUAUGAUUCAAACUCUGGUUAAUAGUUGUGGUUUAACUAUGGAAAGCACUUUGUGACAUAAAUUUCUAUCAGCUAAUCUGACUCUGAAAUCAUUCUGAACUGUCUGGAGAAGAUUGAUAAGGUUAUUGUCUUCCCCAUUAAAGAAUUUAAUAGGGAAAAGCACACUUAACAUAAGAAGCAUGCCUUGAAAACACAUUUUUGACACCCCUUGCCUUCCCAUAAGUUUAGCAGACUAAAGGCCACCGCACACCUUAUGACCUGACUGGUCUACGACUGGUCUGCGACAGAGUGAAGGGAAAAGUGACGUCACAGCUCUUGUCAACUUGAGAGUCGCAGACCGGUCAGAGACAAAUUGCAAGAAAAAUCGUAAGGAUUUGACAUGUUGACUCCUUACAAGUGGAUACGCAGUAGUAAGCUAUCAGUUAUGGCAAAAAGCAAAAAGGCAUGGGUGAAUCGCAGACAGAGGGUACUGUAGUCGGAUCGCAAGGUGUGCAGUGUCGAGGCUUAUGACUACCAUGCGAUUCAUGUCCCCUCACUCAGUCGUAGACCAGUCGGAUCGAAACGUGUGCGGUGGCCUUAUGACCAUGGCCUAGGUUAACACAAGGCUAUAGGGUGAAGCAAGGUCGGUGUGGGCUAGACAGAUGGACUGACAGACUAAUUGAUGGACGUACAGACUGACAAAGGUUUAGUGGAACAGAAAUGAGAGAAAGAGAGAGGGAGUGAGUGAUAAAGUGAUCAUAAUAGACCAGGGGUCCGUUGCAGAAAGAGUUGCGUUUAAACGCAAGCCAAUAAAUCAAUCGCAAGUCCCAAAUGCGCGCUGUUGAUUGGUUGAAAAUCAAGUUGCGCAUGAUAUUUAGAGUUGCGAUUGAUUGCAACUCUUUCUGCAACGGGCCCCUGUUCCCUUAGGACUAUAAAUACAGAAAAAGAGAAGCAGAGAUAGAGAGAAAGAGCCAGAGAUGUGGAAAUUAAUAGAGAGUUCAGAAUGUUUGUAUUUAAGGUACCGAUAAGUAUGGAAGCUUAAAAGUGCCACCCAGAUGCUCAUAUAAUCAUCUCAUCAUGUCUACAUCUCUUAGGGAAAAGGUUAAGAUGACAAGAUCUUAGAUCUCGUCAUGUCUACAUCCUGUAAGAGAGAUGAUCAAAUGACGAGAUCUUGGUUCUCGUCAUGUCUACAUCUUGUGGGAGAGAUGAUCAGAUGGCAAGAUCUUGUAUCCUAGAUCUUGCCAUCUGAUCAUCUCUUCUAAAAGAUGAAGACAUGACGAGAUCCAAGGUAUUGUCAUCUCUUCCACAGGAUGUAGACAUGACGAGAUCCAAGAUCUUGUCAUCUGAUCAUCUCUCCCAAGGGAUGUAGACAUGACGAGAUCUCGAUCUCGUCAUCCUUUUCUCUACGAGAUGUAGACAUGACGAGAUGAUUAUAUGGACAUCCGGGUGGCACUUUUAAGCUUCCAUAGAUAAAGAACUUGAAUGUUAAAAAAAGGGCAAUUCCAUAAAACAUGUAUGUCCAUCUGCCUAUAAGCUGGACCUUCCUCGAACGAUUUGCCUCUAUUACUACUUCAUAUGAACAGUUAUGAUGCUCUCAAAUUGUCACUGUUUGAGAAUGUCAAGAAAUGAAGAAAAGAAGUGAGAAAAAUGAGGGGUCGGGCAUAUAAAAAGAUUGACCAUUUUAUGGAAUUGCCCCAGAUAGAAAAGAGUCACCAUGAACGCGACUGAAUUGAACGGACAACUUGUAAAGCUUACUGACCAAGAGAAGUUUUGUGCAUGGCCUCUACCUUGCUAAUUGUAUAUUCCAUGUGUAUAGGGAUGUUCAGAUAUUGCGCAAUAUUAACCUCCCGAAUAGGGCAAUGGCAACAUCGACACUAACACUGGUCCACAGUUUUAGGCCAUUAAAAUCUUUGUCGGGACAGUUCAUGGCUAAAUUUGCUAGCCCGUCAUGAGCAGUUCAAAAAUAACUUGUCAAGCCAUUAGAAGAACGAUAAUGAAAUAGAUCUUUCGGCCUUCUUAUCUUUGGUAUGAAAACAGAAAAGUUAUUGCGAUUUAUUAUGCAAUGUCUGAACGUGCCCUCAUGUUUUCAUAAUCAUUAUUCCAUAUUGUGUAUACUUCACUAAGUUUAUUCAGAACCUUAAAGAUAUAUCCAAUAUAGGACCAGCAUUUCCUCAUUAACUAUUUAUUUCUGACUAAUGUAUAUUUGAUGUCACAAAUUCUAAGUAGUAUGACAAGUUUUGAAAUCAUUGAAUGUGCAUGAAAGUGGUUCAUUUGAAUUCAUGAAUUUUCCAGUUGAAAUUAGCCCAUUUUAACUUUUCAUUGAGCUUGAAGACAAAGUAACUUUUUAUUGGAUUCCAAAUCAUAGUAUGUUCAGCUGCUAAAUCAAUCAUAAUUAUUAUCAUUAAGGUCAAACAAGAAUGAUGAAAGGUUCAUUAACCAACUCAAUUAAUAGGCGUGUUCAGACCGCCUCAAAGUGUGAGAAUACCGUACUAGGUAUUCUCUAACCAGAGAAUUUACCCUGAUCUACCCGAUCAUAAAAUGCCAGGUAUUUUUGCCAAUGUGAGAGCAAAAUACUCGUAAUAUUCCCAAAAGAAAAUACCCGCUCAAUAGUAGGCACUUGCCGAAAUUACAAGAACAUUCGCAGGGCCGUGGAUAUUCUGGCAGUGCGAAUGAAAAUUUUAGGUACUUUCAGCAACUUUCUCAACCCAGCGAGCAGCUGGGCAUGAGUGUGGACUCGCCUGCUAAUCAGCCCGUGUGCAUGCUUGUAGAAAACUGUAAGAACACGCCCCAAAAGUGUCUGUUUUGGGUCGGUGUGAAUGCAGACAAUAAUUAUUAUGUAUGAUGAUGAUGAAAUAAUUUGAAAUCUAAUAUACCACGUCGCUUGUCAAUAAGGAAGGGGUAUCAGAAAUUUAAAAAAUUCUUCGGUUAUUCACACAUCUAAUUAUUUUUAAAGGCUGAAAUAUUCAGCUAUUGAUUAUAGAGGUGAAUACAUUAAAAAUGAUAUCAUAAAUGCGGACAUUUGGAUGAUAAAACUCCUCUGAUUAUGAUGAUAAUGAAAUAUUUGUAAUCUAAUAAUACCAUGUAGCAUGCAUAUGUAAUGAUGGUUUAUCAUAAUUGACAUAGCAUGCAUUAUUCAUGUAAAUAUUUUUACUAGUAUAAUUGAUUUGAUAUCUCUUAUUUAUUAUCAUGUUCGUUUUGUUACCGAAUAAUUGUAUUGUAUAUAUUGUAUGUUAUUGCCAAAUUGAAACCACCAAUAUUACAGGCUGUUUUCAUGCGAUUCAAGGAAACCACAACCCAAGAAGAGAAGCAAUUUUAUUGGAAAGAGUAAAACAAGAGGAACAAUUUAAAACAAGUUUCACCAAAAUCGGUUGUGAAAUAAGCAAGUUAUGGACAUUUAAAAAGUCUUGUACUUUCUAUGGGUAUCCUCAAAUUGGCAAACAUGCUUCAAAAUGGCUGAUUUUGUGGACAACCUUCCACUUGUUUUGUACACAAAUUUUCAGAUUUUCCCCUUUAUUUUACAUAUUUCACAUCAUUUCCUCCUGACCUUGACAUAUGUGGUGUGAAUUAUAUUUUCCCAUGACAUAUGUUGUGCUCAGAAGGAGGAAAGAUGCAAUUUGAAAGAUAAUGGGAAAAAUCUGAAAAAUUGUGUACAAAACAAAUGGAGACUUGUCCACAAAAUCAGCCAUUUUGAAGCAUGUUUGCCAAUUUGAGGAUCCCCAUAGAAAGUACAACAAGACCCUUUAAACGUCCACAACUUGCUUAUUUCACUAUCGAUUUUGAUGAAACUUGUUUUAAAUUGUUCCUCUCAUUUUACUCUUUCCAAUAAGAUUGUUUCUCUUCUUGGGUUUUGGUUUCCUUUAAUUUUUCCUAGUUAAUCAAGAAGACCAAACGGGCAUUAGACGAAGUGGAAUUAGACCAAGUGGUAAAUUUGUCCCGUGGCCACUAAUGUUGUGCUCCUCUUGGCCGAAUUUGGCUAUGAUGACAAUUACAUGUAUGUGGCCUUGGUAUGGCUCUGUUGGGCUUGUUUUGGGGCUUAACUGCUCUUUGGACCCCAUGGCCCAAAAUUCACAAAGGUGGUUUGAAAACCAAUGGUUGAACCCAUGGUUUAUGCAGAUUUCCUGUAUAAAUUGCGCUUAUUUACCGCAUAUAUUAAAAAAUGUCCCAUGCUGAUGCGCGCUUUUGUCACAGUGCACCAAAUUGAUGCCUGUUGCUGUGGUUAUCCACGAGUCCACUGUUUUGAUUUAAUGAAUCUACUCUUCAAACAGUGGACUCAUUAAUUAAUAAAAAAGAAUAAUUAACCAUGGCAACAGUUGGCUAAUCAAUUUUGUUUGGUACCCAUCGAAAAUUGUGACUAUUUUUGUUAUUUUUUUGUAUCAUUAUUUUAAUGUGUACUUCCAAAAGUGUUGUUCAGUGUUUUAUAUCAAUCAAUGAGUGCAAUGUUUAAUAAUUGUGUCUGUUCUGUUAAAUUGUAGAGGUACACACAUUUCAUAGAUCCCAGUUUAAUCUGCCAUAACUCCUCAAAUUGGCAACUUUUGUUGAUUUUUCUACGUAUUUUCAUACUUUGACAAAAUUAAAAUAUGGAUUUUGAUAUCACAUGGGUCAGAAUGAAUGAUAGAACUUAGCACACUGAUUAUAACGAAAAGUUACCAAUUUGAUUUUUUUUUAAUCAUGAAUUUCCAAGUAAAGGAAUUGCAUCAUUUUUUUCUUACUCAUGGUAAUGCCCUGCGGAGCAUUUCACGAAAGGACUUGUCGGACAUUUUAUCCGACUGUUACCAUAGUAACAGUGCUUAUCAGCCAAUCAACAUCAAGGAAAGUUGUCAGAUCUGACAACUUCUCGGAUGGAAAUAUUGAUGAAACACUUUCUGGUGUGAGUAAGAAAAAACAGAUAAAACAAGGCUCUACAUUCUUCAAAUUGGCAAUUGGUUUAAUCUUCUGAUUGUACGUACAUGGCUACUACAUGACUUUCCAAAUAAACAAAAUAUUAAAUCAAAUUUACAUUUGCAUAAAUUUUUCAUUCCCAUAGUAGUUCUCAUGCAUUUGUAGGAAAAUAUCAGAUAUGUUUGAGGAUCUACGUUCUUCAAAUUGGCAACCAUAUUAAUCUUUUAAUUGUACAUGCAGAGAACGGGAGUUCCUCUUAGCAACAGUAAAUUGGAAUUUGUUCAUGUGUAUGGUUAUAGAACAUGUUGAUGAUACUAUUUUCAGUGUCGAUUAUGUUUGUAGCCCAUCGAAUAUCAUCUUGGAAAUUUCUGUUUCGUGUCAAAAUAAAGAAUGCUGACACAACAAUUACAAUGUUAGAAUGUUCAAUGCCAGUAAUGUUAGUAGCCAAUUUAUCAUCAUGUAUUAUUAAAGCCAAGGAUGAUGUAAACAAAUGCCAAACAUAAUUUAUUAUAAGACAAAUGAGGUGCUAAUAGGGGUAAAAUAAUGUAUGACCCUGUUCUCAUUACACUUUCUAAAACUAGUUUACUGGAAACCGGUUCAGGAAACCAGUUUUGAAAAUCGCUUUGCUAGCGUUCCCAUUUGAUCACAUGAUAAUGGUUUUCAAAAUCACUUCAUGUAAAGUGAUCUUGUUGCCAUGGGAACGCUUUCAGUGGGGUGACACGUUUCGCGUGGAAUUCGAAACCGCAGCGUAGGCUUUCUACACACACACACACACACAGUGUGUGGAGUAGUGUGCUCAAAAUGUGCGAAGAUCGAUUCUCGAAGAACGGUUGUUCCUCACACUAAAACCAAUUUAACGAGGCAAAGCGAUCUUGAAAACUACAUCGCGAGGUGGUUUUAUGAACCGCUUUGGAAGAUAGCUUCCAAGAUCGCUUCGACCAUUCUCAUUAUACGUUAAACUAGUUCCACUUAACUAGUUUUAGGAAGGUAGUGAGAACGGUGUCUUUAUUCAUGUCCAAUAUGAAAUCCUCAGUAUACUGCUCGAGCAAUCCCAUGUACAUUUCUAUGUAGGCUCAGCUUGUCAUAAUUGUAAAUUAUUUAGAAUGUCUUUUUAAAAGAGAUUGUCCAAAUUUGUAAAUUCAAAAGUUGCAUGGUUUGUAAAUAAAUCUGAACAUUGUCAAUGUUAAAA